UCCAUGGAGACGACGUUCAGUAGUUUACUCAGUUGAGUUGAUAAGGAUACAAGCAGGGUGUUCCUUUAGGACUGUUACAUUUAACAACCACAGAUCAAAAGGAAGUCGUCGUCAACGUGCUGGUAGUUGUUGCCAUUCGCUGUUGAGACUUUCCGAAUGUCUCACAGCACGUACAAUAAACUUUGGGCUAGUGCCCAGAGUGAGCUGGACAGUCUCCUAACCCAGGAGAUCCCUGCCCAAACAGCACGUCCGGAGAGAGACCGAGUAGUCUUCUUUCAGCGCCUGGCUACGUUAUACGUGCGCUAUGUCCAGAUUUUCAGGCACUUGGAGGAGGCAUACGACCAGAUCAUACAUCCUCAGAAAAGGAGGGUGAUUCGUCAAGUUCUGGAUAGCGUAAUGGGUAGGGUGGUGGAACUUAAAAAUGAGAUGGUGGAGAAAGAGUUUUCAGAAUAUCACUACAUGGAUGAUGUUGUUCAGGACUUGAAACUGACACCAGAGGCCAUUGAGAUUCCUAUUCCGAGAUAUUUUAUCAGUGAACGUCAUAAGGUCCUCCAGGACCGAGCCAAGAUGCUAAACAGCAUCCUGGACUCCAUGGGGGUGGUGGACAAACCGAAACCCAAAAGAGACCAGUUGCUGAGCGUUGAGGAGGCCAUCAAGGUGAUCCAGGUGGCGGAGAGGGCACGGCAGGGGCGGCUGCGUGCCAAGUUUAUGAGGGAGAUUCAGAGGGACGAAGAGAGGCAGAGGAGGGCCAAGGAUCGGGACCUGGGGGCUGAUGCUUUUGCGCAGGCGGUGGUCUGCAUUCAGAAGGUCUGGAAAGGUUUUGUUCAGAGGAAGAAGACCAAGAGAGAACGCGAGGAGGAGAUGAUCUUUUUGGGCAUGGCUAUGGCCUCUGAGGGAACAGACCCCCUGAGCUUUGCGGUAUCGGUCUACGGCAACCGGGCCCAGCGGCGUCAGAAACAGAGCCAGCAUGAGGAGGACUACCAGAAGGCCAUCGUCACCAUCACCGACAAGCUCAGAGACCUUGAGGGGCCAGACAUCAAAGAAACCAUGAAGGAACAGAUUCGCCAGUGGUUCAUCGAAUGCCACGAUGCCACAGGCUCUUUUCCUGACUAUCCAGAGGUGGAAGAGGGAGGAUCGGCCCUCAUUUUUGCUGAAAAAACUCCACAGCAGUUAAUGGAGGAGUUGGCAGCAAAGGAGGAGGACGAUGCCAACAAGAAGCCCAAGGGAAAAGAGGAGAAGAAGGAUAAAGGGAAGAAGGACAAGGGAAAAGGAGGAGAAGAGGAGGAGGAACCAGGCUUGAAGAUGCUGCCCUCAGCUUUUCUGAAGGACCUGGAGACUGGACACAAAACUUUCAGCGAGGUGUGGGUCAACCGCGACGAGUCCAAAAACUUCAGCCAGAGGCACGAGGUGGAGCUGAUCAAGGAGGAGAAGAGGAAGGAGGUGGAGGGUGAGAUCCGCGUGCAGGUGGAUGAGCUGAUGAGGCAGGAGCUAGCUAAUUGGAAGUUGGCCAUCGAUAAGGACAAGGGUGGCAAGGCCAAGCCUAAGGCCAAGAAAGGAAAAGCAGGAAAAGGUGGUAAGAAGAAGAAGGAAAAGGACCUGACGGCAGACAGGACAAUGGACUCCUUGUAUCAUGAGCUUGUGAAGCAAGGCCUUCUGAAGCGUGCCGAGGAUGUCAAACUUGAAAGCUACCUAGGAGAGUACAGUUACCUGGGGACAACAUUGAGGAACUCUGACAUCGAGCCCAUGCCAUCUCUGUCAGAUGUGCGGCAGCUGAUGGCCCUCUAUGGCGUACUCCCACUGGGAAGUCAGACAGUGCACGAGAAAGCCCCCCUAAUCAAAGCCAUGCUCCUUGCGGGACCCACGGGCGUGGGGAAGAAGAUGUUGGUGCACGCCAUAUGCCAAGAGACCGGUGCCAACCUGUUUGACCUCUCACCUCUCAACCUGGUAGGGAAAUACCCUGGCAAGGCUGGCCUGCAGAUGAUGCUCCACAUGGUCUUCAAGGUGGCACGGGCAUUGCAACCCUCUGUUGUAUGGAUAGGGGAUGCUGAAAAGAUGUUUUACAAGAAAGUGCCCAAGGAGGAAAAAGAGUUAGAUCCAAAGCGAUUGAAAAAGGAUUUGCCAAAGAUCCUGAAGACCAUCAAAGCUGAAGACAGAGUGCUCAUCAUUGGCACCUCCCGAGAACCAUACAAUGCUGAUAUCAAAGGCCUUUGUAAAGUUUACAGCAAGAUUAUCCUCAUUCCACGCCCAGACUAUGCAUCCAGAUAUGUGAUCUGGCGUCAGCUGAUCCUGAAGUAUGGCGGGCAGGUGACAGACGCGCUGGACCUGAGCUGCCUGGCGCGCAUCUCGGACGGCUACACGCAGGGCCACAUGGUGCGGGUGGUGCGAAGCAUCAUGACGGAGCGCCGCAUUCAGCUGCUGGCCAAGAAGCCGCUGGCCGCCUCCGAGUUCAUCGGCCCGCUCGCCAAGAUCGACCCCAUCUUCCAGGACGAGGAGGAGGCCCUCAAAGCUUGGUAUGCUAAGACUCCCCUGGGGAAGAAGCGAGCCAAGGCAGCGUUGGGGAAGGAGGGAGAGGACGAAGCGUCUGCCAAGGGAGGCAAGAAUGCCAAGAAGAAAAAGUAAACUGGAGCUGCACCUUUCAUCGCCACACACGCCCAGUUUGGGUUCGGCAUAAAAAAUAAAACUUUCAUGUUAUUUUUUUGAGGAA